AUGGAAAAGAAGGAAACGAAGAAAUGCACGCGCGAACUCACGGAGCUCGACCGGAAAUACAAACAAGCAACCGCCAGCGCCAGAGCAGAGAGGAUAUAUAUUUGCCCCAAAAAAGAGGACGUGGACAUGAGACUCACUACAACCAUAAGAGUCCGCAACUGGCAGAGGCUUCCCCCAGGACGACACCUAGUCAAUAACCUCGCAAAAAGCAGAGCUUGCAAUGAAAGAGUCACGCAUAAGAAGGUAAAACCGCCCAAAGGUGAUAAUCAGGCAACCAAAGCCGAAGAAUGGAGGAAAUUGAAAAUCGUCUUCCGAAAGACGACCAUCCCAGAAGUAUCCAAUCACAGAUCGUACACGAGCACGAACGCUGAAAAGCUUGCAGGAACGAGCCGCCGAAGGACACAAACCAAUAAAGACCAAGAAGAAGAACUCGUCCCAAUGACUUGGGAGCCCCAGAGCCCAAGCCAAUAG